AAAAUGCUUUAUAAAAGCGACGUCUGCGGCGCCUCGUACUCCAACUGCAUCUGCAGCAGGCAGCAGAGAAAGCGAGACGGAGCCGGCAGCGGCGGCCCAGCGAGCGAGCAGUCUCCGCGCUCCUACCCAGCUCUGCUCACAACUCCCACCUGUUUCCGCCCUCGGCCCCUCGCCCGCCUUGACCUCCCCGCGACCAUGAUGUUCUCGGGCUUCAACGCCGACUACGAGGCGUCCUCCUCCCGCUGCAGCAGCGCCUCGCCUGCCGGGGACAGCCUCUCCUACUACCACUCGCCUGCGGACUCCUUCUCUAGCAUGGGAUCUCCUGUUAAUGCGCAGGAUUUCUGCACGGACCUGGCUGCCUCCAGUGCCAACUUCAUUCCCACGGUGACUGCCAUCUCAACCAGCACUGACCUCCAGUGGCUGGUGCAGCCCACCCUUGUCUCCUCUGUGGCCCCAUCACAGACAAGAGCCGCUCGCCCCUACAGAGUCCCCACCCACUCAGCUGGGGCUUACUCCAGAGCUGGCGUUGUGAAGACCACAACUGGAGGCAGAGCGCCAAGUAUUGGCCGGAGGGGCAAAGUAGAACAGCUGUCCCCAGAAGAAGAGGAGAAAAGGAGAAUCCGAAGGGAGAGGAAUAAGAUGGCUGCAGCCAAAUGCCGGAACCGGAGGAGGGAGCUGACUGAUACACUCCAAGCGGAGACAGAACAAUUAGAAGACGAGAAGUCUGCUCUGCAGACUGAGAUUGCCAACCUGCUAAAGGAGAAGGAAAAGCUGGAGUUUAUCUUGGCAGCUCACCAGCCCGGCUGCAAGAUCCCUGAUGACAUGGGCUUCCCCGAAGAGAUGUCUGUGGCUUCCCUUGAUCUUAGUGGGGGCCUGCCGGAGGCUGCCACCCCCGAGUCUGAGGAGGCCUUCACGCUGCCCCUCCUCAAUGACCCUGAGCCCAAGCCCUCGGUGGAGCCUGUCAAGAACAUCAGCAGUGUGGAGCUGAAGGCCGAGCCCUUCGAUGACUUCCUGUUCCCAGCAUCGUCCAGGCCCAGUGGCUCUGAGACCGCCCGCUCCGUGCCAGACAUGGACCUGUCUGGCUCCUUCUAUGCAGCAGACUGGGAGCCCGUGCACAGCGGCUCCCUGGGGAUGGGGCCCCUGGCCACAGAGCUGGAGCCCCUGUGCACCCCGGUGGUCACCUGUACUCCCAGCUGUACUACUUACACGUCUUCCUUCGUCUUCACCUACCCAGAGGCUGACUCCUUCCCCAGCUGCGCAGCGGCCCAUCGCAAGGGCAGUAGCAGCAACGAGCCCUCCUCUGACUCGCUUAGCUCCCCCACACUGCUGGCCCUGUGAGCAGUUGGGGAAGGGGAGGCAGGGGGCACCCACAUAUGCUGCUGCCUGAGUCAAUGCAUUACAGAGAGGAGAAACAUGUCUUCCCUCGAGGGUUCCUGUAGACCUAGGGAGGAUGUUAUCUGUGCGUGAAUCACACCGGGCUGUGGGCCUCAAGGACUUGAAGGCAUCCCACAUGUGGACUCGAGUCCUUACCUCUUCCAGAGAUGUAGCAAAACGCAUGGAGUGUGUAUUGUUCCCAGUGACACUCUGAGAGCUGGUAGUUAGUAGCAUGUUGAGCCAGGCCUGGGUCUGUGUCUCUUUUCUCUUUCUCCUUAGUCUUCUCAUAGCAUUAACUAAUCUAUUGGGUUCGAUAUUGGAAUUAACCUGGUGCUGGAUAUUUUCGAAUUGUAUCUAGUGCAGCUGAUUUUAACAAUAACUACUGUGUUCCUGGCAAUAGUGUGUUCUGAUUAGAAAUGACCAAUAUUAACUAAGCAGAGAUAUGACUUUAUUUUCUAGUAGAUAGAAAUCAAUAGCUAUAUCCAUG